GAAGCGCUUCCGGGACGCUGCGGCACCGGCGGCGGAGCUGGUACCGGCUGCGGAGAGCGGCCGGGCCGCGGCCGGAGCCAUGGCUGCGGACUCGGAGGUGCUGCACUUCCAGUUCGAGCAGCAGGGGGAUGCCGUGCUGCAGAAUAUGAACCUCCUGCGGCAGCAGAACCUCUUCUGCGACGUCUCCAUUUACAUCAACGACACCGAGUUCCAGGGGCACAAGGUGAUCUUCGCCGCGUGCUCCACCUUCAUGAGGGAUCAGUUUCUGCUCAAUCAGUCGAAGCAGGUGCGGAUCACCAUCCUGCAGAGCGCCGAGGUAGGCAGAAAGCUGUUGCUGUCUUGUUACACGGGGGCUCUGGAAGUCAAGAAGAAGGAGCUGCUGAAAUACCUCACCGCUGCGAGUUACCUCCAGAUGGUUCACAUCGUGGAGAAGUGUACCGAAGCCCUGUCAAAAUACCUGGAAAUCGAUGCUUCCAUGGAGAGUGGCAGCCAGGCUGCGGAGAGGUGUCAUUCCUCGGACGCUGAGCUGAGAAACGGGGAUGAGGUUCUAGAUAAAGACUGUGAAAUAAUCGAGAUUUCUGAAGACAGCCCAGCGAAUGCAGAAUACCCAGUGAAACAGGAGAAGGGGGAUGUCGUGCGGCCUGCAGCGCAGAGCUUGGUCUCGGAAAGAAAGGACACAAAAACCCCAGAAAUAUCAACCGUUGAAAUAGGAUACAAGGACGACGAAAUCUGCAUCUUCAGAAUGGACUCUAUGAGUGUAGCGAAUGUAGAGAACGAUCAUUUUCCUCAGCCUUGUACUUCCUCUAAAACAAGUUUGUAUUUUCCGGAAACCCAGCACUCCUUGAUAAAUUCUACAGUUGAAAGCAGAAAUACAGAAAUGUCGGGAAAUCACUUCCAGGCUUUUGUCGGUGACAAUCCAGAAGGAACUUCUAGUCUGAUGAACGGGUUCCAGAGCCUGGAGGACUCCGGCAGCUCGUGGCGGCACCAGUGUCCCAAGUGCCCGAGGGGAUUUCUGCAUCUUGAGAACUAUCUCAGACAUCUGAAAAUGCACAAACUCUUCUUGUGUUUGCAGUGUGGCAAAACAUUUACGCAAAAAAAGAAUCUCAACAGGCACAUCCGGGGGCACAUGGGCAUCCGCCCCUUCCAGUGCAUGGUGUGCUUGAAGACCUUCACUGCCAAAAGCACGCUUCAGGAUCACCUCAACAUACACAGUGGCGACAGGCCCUACAAGUGUCAUUGCUGCGACAUGGACUUUAAACACAAGUCUGCUCUUAAAAAGCAUUUAACUUCUGUCCAUGGAAGGAGCAGCAGUGAAAAACCAAACAUAAACACUGUUACAAAAGUUAAAAUAGAUUAUGAUUAACAGAUGGGUGGAUGUGGAGCCAGGGUCCACAAAAAGCUCCUGCCUAGUGAAAUUCUAGAUGAAAUUCUAGAUACAGAUCCCCAUGUAAUGGAGAGAAGCACAAAUACGUGACCAGUGAUCAAAGGCAGGCCUUGUGAGCAGCAGCCUUGCCUGCUGUAUUAAGGUUGCUAUUGCUGUUAGCGCAAAAAAGGUGUUUACUAGUUGAAAGUAAGCUGCAAAAUACAGGAAAUGAUUUCACACUUCUAUUAUCAUGGAUGCGUUCUGAUCCACACACCCCCCCACACUUAUGUUUUGCAUUCCGCUGAUUCAAGGGCAGACACUGCCAAUUUUCAAACUGUUACUGAUAUUGCAAUAAGCUGAAGCCUGAGCCAUGAUGUUCCUGAUCUAUAAUGGCUAAGGAAAGGAAAUGUUUGUAUUUAUUCGGCACAUCAGUCAUUCCCACCCAGUUCAUAUACCAUUUAUCGUGAAAUCACCUCCUUAUUUGCCCAGCCUUUCAAUGGAAAGAAGGCAUGUUUUCAUACUCAAGUCUGUGAUACUUAAGAAAGAACACGACAAACAAAAAAUAAUCAAGGAAGCUUGCAGAUUGCCUCUUGCAUGGAGAGAAUUGGUAAAAGAGAAAGAAACAGUAUUGCCUUGCAGUUCAUUUUUAACUGGAUAGUCUUAUUAGAAGGACUUGUGUUUAGUUUUAUGAAUGAGUUCUGAAUUUUUCUAAACUACUUUCUUCUGAUCUUUUUUUUCCCAUCCUACCAGUGUUUUGCACCUGCAUUUGACUAAUUCCGACUAAGUUAGUCCUGUUUGUUGAGUUGUAAUGUUUGCCUUAGUUUUUUACAAAUCUUAGAUAUAUACACUAAUGUGAAAAAUUAAGCUGUGUGCUGUUACGUAAUGGCAGUUUCUAGGUUAAUUUUGAAAACAAUCCUUUAUAUCUUACUAGGAACGGCUUAGACAUAGAGGUCUUCCCGUACUCUGAUUCUGUGAUACUGUAAAACAGUAACUAUGUGUGUUUGGAUAGGCGUGUUUGUACUUUGUCAAAGGCUAUUUCAGUUUCAUCCCAAGCAACGAAAGCCCUGUAACGCAGAAUCUUUAUCUUGUACCUGUCCUUGACUGGUAUAUGUUUCUUCCCCUUAAUGUGAUAUGAAUAAAGAGUCGAUUCAGUUGUUAAUGUGAGAUAAUGGUACUUACAUUAGAUUCUCUCCAGUUAGCAACAAGCAGUAGUCCUUAAUCUAGUCUGUAUGACGAGGGUAUGCUUUCCUUCAGGUGCCAGAAGUGCCAUGACAAAGUUCUUGCUCUGCAUCCAGAAGCCUGACCUAUGUGUUCCAUAACCUGGCUGUUUUAAAAAGACAAUAGUUUUUUAUGUCAGUUAACAGGUUUCACUUACUUUUCUCCCCUGUGUCUGUGAGUGCACCGGCCAUUGUCUGGGGUUCUCUUUGUCAGCUACGUGAGGGGUUAGAUAUGUACAAUACCUGCCAUGCAGUUUCCUGUUUUUAUCUAUAAAAGGCAUGGUCAGCUGUGCCAUCAUUGUUUCUGUCUUCAUCUACUGGAAAUGUCAGUUGAAAGGUUUGUAAAAACUUAUUUUCUAAGGGCUUUUUAAAGCUCUUAAUCUGAUAUUAUUAACACUUAAAGUACAUAUUAGUUGGACUGCAGCAAUAUUUGCAGGUCCCGGUCCGUACUAGGCCUCGUGGUGGUUGACGGUGUAUGCCUUCCUCCAAAACCCUGGGGUCUCAAUAGGCGAGCAGUGUGGUCAGAAGCUGAGGACGCCACUAGUGCCAUAUUCCUCCAAAAAGUCACAGAAAUGUCUGACUUUACACAGAGGGUUGACUUGUGAAGGGCUCCAUUGUAUUGGAGCAUUGGAAAGGCGCGGGUGCCACGUUGACAUACCCGCGUGUCCCUGUGAACAAUGACAGAAAUUACAUCCCCAGGGUAAGCAGCUAGUGCAACUGUGAAUUAAAGUCACCUGGUUUACCCAGUACUAUAAGUGUAAGGCCCAACCUUUCACAAUCUCUGCUAUUAUAUUAAAAGUUGACAAUUUGUUUUAUUUUGGCAAUUUUUUACUAUCAUUAAAAAGGUUUGUAAGUCAUUUAUGGUGUGACUGCCUGACAUUUUGCAAAAAAAAUUGCAUUUUAUAGCAUUGUCUUCUGUUUGCUUUCAUUAGUCUGUCACUGUUUACAGCCUUUUUGAUCUUGUGAUUGGUAUUGUUUGCUUGUUUUUCACAAAAUACCAUUACUUUUGGAUUCUUACUUGCAUAAGAAUUAAGAGUCUGAUUUUCAAAAGCAUGCUAAUACCUGCACUGGCCCUUACUGGGUAAUGUUAACUUGGGUAUACACACAGGUUUGUAUGUAGCUUUUCAUUUGUGUCUACAGACUGACUUAGUUAAAAUAAGCUCCUUCAUCCUUGGAAGAGGCCAUAAAGCAAGGGAAAAGUUUACUUCCCUCCCCCUAUCCUUUUUACAUUGAGCUGCUAUUACUGUAGUUCAGUAAAUACAUGUAUUGUGCAUUUAUGGGACAGAUUUGGUUCAACUGUGCUAAAAUUCAUUCAGUUAAUAUGCAUUUUUGGCAGGUGUAUGAUUAUCAUUGGUAACACUUCAAAAGAUCACUCCUUGCUUUUUGUUCAACUGGUUUUUGUAGGUAUAUGCAUGGGUAUUUCCUUGUGUGUCCAAGGGCAAACCGAGACUGAUCUUUUGAGGUGUGUCGUCUGUGGGAUCAGGACCACGAGUUAUUUUGCUGUUGUAUUGCAUGUAAACAUGCGAGGGAGUCGUGUCGUGUGGGGGGCCAACAGCAUGUUCUGUUCUGUGGCUAGAGUGUCUUAGUAAGCUUUGUAAACAAAAACUGAUUUUGUGCACGUUCACAUUAGUGUUUCCUCUCCCGUCUGUACAUGUAAUCACUUGUCCUGUCAUAACACAAUAAAUGAAAUGCAAACAAGA